AACCGCAUAGUUGGCGCACCGCCGCCGUUCGUUCUCUUCAACCCCCCCAGUUGGCAACCUCCGUCCGCGCGCGCGCCGGUGACACCUCCCUUCCUGACUACAUCUUCCUUCCAUCGCCGGUGGCGGCAGCCCCGAUCGCAUCGCAUGACCAGGAGCCACACCCCAAAAUCCCUCGCCGUCCUGCUCCGUGCCAGGAUGCACCCCGACUCUAUCCCCUCGCCGCUGCCCGCUCCGUCACCACCCGCCAGCCCCGACCCCAACCCCAGUGCCCGGCCCGCCGCCGCCUCCUCCGUCCGGCACUGGCUCCACGCCUCCAUCUCCGCGGCCUCCCCGCCUCCCGCCGCCCUGGAGUGUUUCUCCGACGGGUACCGCUCCCUCGACCGGGGCGGCCGCCACGAGAUCCUCCGAUCCCUCGCCACAGACUACGACGUGCCCCGCGCGCGGGUUCGCGACCUCAUGCGCCAGUACCUGAGCGUCUCCGCCACCGGGGAGGACGGGGACGAGCAGCCGAGGGCGGAGAGAGAGGAGGGCGGCGCCGCAUCGGCUUUGUACCGGAUGGAGAGGGGGCUCCGGGACGCGCUCCGGCCCAAGCACGCCGGGUUCCUCGAGGCCAUGAACGCGCAGCCUGGUGGGCUCAAGCUCCUCGCGGUCAUUCGAGCCGACCUCCUCGCCUUGCUGGGGGAGGAGAAUGCUCCAGUGCUGCGUGCAUUGGAUGGGUACUUGAAGGAGAAGCUCGUGACGUGGCUCAGCCCAGCGGCUCUUGCGCUCCACCAGAUAACCUGGGAUGAUCCUGCCUCCUUGCUGGAGAAGAUUGUGGCUUAUGAAGCUGUGCAUCCAAUCAGGAAUCUGAUAGAUUUGAAGAGAAGGCUGGGUGUUGGCCGACGUUGUUUUGGUUACUUCCAUCCUGCGAUACCAGGCGAGCCCCUGAUUUUCAUUGAAGUUGCUCUCCUCAAAGAUAUGGCCACAUCUAUACAGGAAGUUUUGUUGGAUGUCCCUCCAAUCGCUGAAUGUGAAGCUAAAUGUGCACUAUUUUACUCAAUAUCGUCAACCCAGCCAGGCUUAUCAGGUAUUAAUCUGGGAAAGUUUCUUCUCAAGCGUGUCAUUGACAUGUUGAGGAAAGAUAUGCCUUCCGUGCAGAUUUUUGCUACUCUUAGCCCGAUACCUGGUUUCAUGCAAUGGCUUCUCGCUAAGUUGGCCUCUCAAAUAAAAUUAGCAGAGGCAGAGAUGCAAGAGGGCAAUUCGUUAGAAGGUGCCAGUUCUACUUUCAGAGAAUCCAUCCUUUUCCCGGAGGAAGAGAAGAUGAUACACAGUGCCAUCGAUCAAGUCGACGGUAAACAAGGAAUUGAACUUUUGCAAGAUAUACUGAAAUCAAGUCAAUGGGUGAAGUCUGACAAAUUAUCUGCUGCGCUGAAAUCUCCUCUAAUGCGUUUGUGUGCAAGGUAUCUUACGAGAGAGAAAAUACGAGGAAAAGCUCUAGAUGCUGUUGCUAAUUUUCACUUGCAAAAUGGAGCAAUGGUUGAGAGAAUAAACUGGAUGGCCGACCAAUCCGAGAAGGGCAUUGAACAAAGUGGAGGUAUCAUGGUCAAUUAUCUGUACAGGUUGGAGAAUAUAGAAGAAUAUGCAUCUUCGUAUUCUGCUACAGGGCUUAUCCAUACGUCACCUAGCCUCUCCUAACAUGUUGAGUUGCUUCACAUUAACACAUUGUAUCUGUGUGUGAUACUCUCAACGAAGAUGAUUUACAGCAUAAGGAUCUGACAUCUCUUCCGCGGUUUAUUGUGGACAUUCAAGGCACAUGUUUAGAUUGGUAGUGGCUGUUCCUUUCCUUCUAAAAGCCUAGAGAAGAUAUGAACUGAUGACUGCCUAGCUCUUCAGCCUUUUUGCUUUGGGAAUCGUAGCAGAAAAUACAACAUGCAUGUAUAUCUUCCACAUGAACAUGCAAAGGAACACAUAAUGUCGGCCUCACCAACUUAUAAACUGCAAAUUAUUGUAAGACCAUUUUUUUUUCUGUACAAUGUACUCCCUCUGUACCUAAAAUCCUAAAUACUUGUUGGGAUAAACUAGUACAAGUUCCCCCUACUAUAAGUAUUGUGGUCCGGAGGGAGUAACACAUCACAUCUGUUAUUCCUGGAGCAAAAUAUGAUAGGCUGCAGGGUAACGGUUGACUUUAUUCUUGCCUUGUAACCGCGCAAGCUUUUUCAACGUUUUCUUUUCAGAAUUACUGUACUAAAAUCAGCUAGCUGAGAUCUUUCUGUGCACCGUCUGAUCUGGAAUGGCCCAAUAUUUGUGCUGUUUUGUGGGUGGC